ACGCGUAUGUAACGUCACGGCGCCGGGAGUCUCUGUCUGGGGGCUGGGUGGCUCUACCCCCAGGGGGCGGGGCGGUUUUGGCAUUAGGCGACAUUUGCAUAAUGACUCCUUUGCACGCCGUUGAUUAGCGUUUCUCGGGACGGGGCCGGAAGCAGCGCCUUCGGGCCUGGAAGCAGCGGGUAGAGCGAGGCCGGGGGACACCCAUGAGUGUCGGGGCCUGCCCCGGCUGUGCAGUGCACAGGGCAGUGCACAGGGGGCGGGGGGAGCCCCCCCGGAGGGCAGCGGGAGUUGAGCUGGGGAUGAGGGAGCUGCCGGGGAAGGGGUGUUAGAGGGCUUGGAGGGGCCCCCGGUGCGACCCCAGUGACGCUCCCGCAUCCUCGGGGGGGAAGGGCAGGCGGCUGUGGAGCCCCCGCAGCAGCGAUGGAGCCCGGCUGCCCGCCCUGGCUGCUGCGCUUUGACCGGCCUUGCCGCCUCCUGCUCCACGCGCUGGCCUCCGGCCCCGCCGGGGCACUGGCCGCCCUCCGGAUGCUGCAGCGGGAACAGCCCCUCGAGGGACCGGGACAGGCGUUCCCCUGGCAGGCCCUCACCGCAGCCCUGUGCGCCGAGGAGCCCGUGCUGGAGGGGCCGCAGGGCGUCCUGGCUGUGAAGCCACGGCUGCUGCUGCUGCCCAUCAUGUGCCAGAGAAACUUCUUCUCCCUGCUCCUCGUGACACGGGAUGCAGUGCCAGGGGGCUGCCUUGGCCAGCUGCUCCAGGCCAUAGAACAAGAUUCCCAUGUGGAUCCCUGGAUGCGGACACUGGGGGGUCUGCUCCAGCAGGGACCAAGAGCAGAAGAGUGCUUCCCGUCUCCCACUCCACUAUCUUCUGCAUGCCAGCAGCAGCUUAGGUGCCUGUGCCAGAAAAUUGCCCAGAGCAAACCAGAGGGGCAAAAGAAAUGGAACUGGUGCUUCCGUAACCAGCCUGAUGCCACUGGAGAUGUAGCUGACUCUGUGCCUCAGGGUGGAAAGUGCAAGAAAGUGUCGGAGGAGGGAGUGGAGUUGGUCAGUGACAGAGAGAAGAAGAGGUUGCUGCUGGAUAAGGUGGCGUUUGACCCUCUGGGACCCCAGGAAUGUGGGGAUGUGAGAGGGAUAGAAGAGGAGGUGCCUCAGGAGCCUUCAGUGGCUACAUGUGCUGAGAGCACAGAUGGGGCUAUUCCAGAUAGCUCCCAGCAGGAUGCAGUUGGGGAGCUCAGGAAGGUUGCCCAGACAGAGCUGGCAGCGGAUGUCAAGUCCUUUCUCCAGGUGCAUGGACAGAAGCUGAAAAUGCUGCUGCUGCAGGAGUCCAGCCACUCUGAGCUGAGCAUCCCACCUGAGCUGUGCAUCCUGAACAACUGCUCCCCCCGCCAGCUUGAAGGACUGUGCUCCUUCCUCCAGCUGUCUGUGUGCCCAGAGCCCUUCCUGGGGCAUUUCUGCAGGUGGCUGCUGGCUCUCACCCCUGACCUCAGCUACACCAGCGCGGCCGUCCUGGCAGAGCAGCUCUUCCUCAGGCGAGUCCUGUCCCUUACCCAGCCACCUUCCCGACACCUCAUGGCUGCUCUCUCUUCAUUUUGCUCCAAGUAUUCCCAGCCCUUCUGCCAUGUGGUGGUGGCUGCAGUCCUGCAGGAGCCAAGGGAAGGUGCUGAGCAGACCAAGCUGGUGUGUGAUCUUGUGGAGGACUGCCUGGAGCCACGCUGUGUGCAGCUGGUGCUAAGCCAAGUCUUGGAGUUGCCUUUGUCAGAGAAGCUCCUGCUGGUAGUGCAGGCCGUGCUGGAGCGGCAGAAGGUGCUCCCCCCAGAGCUCUUGGAUCUCCUGGUCCUGACUCUGUGCCAGCAGGCCUCAGCCUUUGCCACAUCACUGGACUAUGCCAAGCUGGUGACGGCCAUGCUUACCAUGUACCAGAACCAGAUCACCCCAGCUCACCGGAGCAGUCUGGCUGCCGCCCUGGAUCAGAACAAUGCGGCUCUGAAGAAAUCGCUGCAGGCUGUGCUGGAAGGGGCCAAGUGAGGUGACCACCAAAGGGAACUGCGAGGUGACAACUUCCUUGCAUAGAGGACACUCAUUGCGCAGUGGCAGCUGCAGCCUUCGCUUCACUGGGUUCCCCCCAGUGCGGUGGGACCCCACAGGUGGGGUCUGUGCCACACAGAGCGCCCAGA